GAAUAGGCAUAAGACAAGCCGGAUACAGGGUAUUAACAUGUCCUGUUUCGUAUCCUUUAACACUAGAGAAAUUAAGAAAGUCUUACAUUUGGCACGAAGUAAUAAAAAGGGAUACAGUUUAAACAAGUCAGUUUGAACAGUGUGACUGAUAUGUGUAAAUGUAUGGAGUGAAGAACAGUGAUGAAGGUUUUUUAACAGGAAUACUUUAUGAGACGAAUGUAUUUAACACAUCGAGUUCGUACAAGUGUGAUGUUUAAAGAUAGAUAAAUCUGGGAAAUGGCUAUGUACCAUUAUCACUUUUCAUCAGAAACAGGGGUAAUAAUUAAAUGUCACUUCUGCUCCAGUGAUUCACUCACUUCAUAAUUUGGCCAUCAAACCAAAUGCAUCUCCUUUUGUUGAAGGACCACAUUGUUUCCAUCGAGCUGGACUCAUUAGCAGAAGAAGUUGGCUGGGUUGGGGGAAGGGGUGACAGACUUUUUUCUGUGUCUCUCCAUCCAUAACAAUGUGACACAAUCAGUUUAGAGAUUUUAUUUUAUUUAUUUUUUUGAUAAAAAAAUAAUUGUUUUGCUGAAUAUCUUGCCAGAAUCCCUCCAGAACAACCUGAUUUUGUAUGUUUAAAUUUGUUAUUCAUGAAUUUCUGUCGGUUUUGUUCGCAAGUUAGAUUGUUGACAAGUUUCAUUGGCAUAAAAGUGUAGCUGACCUGAUGCUGUCCUUCCAUUUAAAGACAACAUAUUUUUUUUCCCAACUUUACUGCUUUCACUACUCCCAUGAUGGGACCAACUAUAUUAAAUAAGGAACUCCAAGCUGGCCUACCCUGCUGUAUAGGCUUAUCUCAGACUAAUACAGUGGGGGGAAAACAGUAAAGCUAGUCUCAGUCGGGCAGAGCUGCGGGCACAUGGCCAUCUGUCUAUUCUCUGAAUACAGCUGACAACAAAGGAGGGCAAUUCUUCAUUACUAGACCAUACAGCCACUGGACACUACCACACUCACUCACAUUGUUGAAGAAACAAGCCAAAUAACAGGGAAAAGCAACCGAGUGACACCAACCUACUGCCUCAACCGCAAUCAGCCCAGCAGUUCAUCAAGAAUAAAAUGGCAACAGAGAGAGAGGUCUGCUUAAUUCAUAUCUCAUAGCCUGUCUGUCUGAAAGUGUGCAGUGUCCAGAUCAUCAAGAAGUAUGAAUAUGAAUGAGAAAGAGGUUGCUUUGUGGUCUGAGGGAGGGCUAAAUGUCACCCUCACCAUCCGCCUACUAAUGCAUGGCAAGGAAGUGGGCAGUAUUAUUGGGAAGAAAGGGGAAACUGUCAAGAAAAUGAGAGAAGAAAGUGGAGCACGUAUCAAUAUAUCCGAUGGUUCCAGCACAGAACGAAUCGUCACCAUCACUGGUGCCUCUGAGGUCAUCUUCAAAGCUUUUGCCAUGAUUGCAGAGAAGUUUGAGGAGGACAUACUGGCCUGCAUGGUGAACAGCACAGUGUCAAGCAGACCUCCUGUCACGUUGCGUCUUGUGUUCCCUGCAAGUCAGUGUGGCUCACUUAUCGGCAAAGGAGGAUCUAAAAUCAAAGAGAUCAGAGAGACCACAGGUGCACAGGUGCAGGUAGCUGGGGACUUACUACCAGAGUCUACAGAGAGAGCAGUGACCAUCUCUGGCACCCCUAAUGCCAUUACGCAGUGUGUGAGACAAAUCUGCACCAUUAUGCUGGAGUCACCGCCUAAAGGAGCAACAAUCCCUUAUCGGCCCAAGCCAUCCUCUGGUGGCAACCCCACAGUUUUAUCCCAACCACAUACAACUCCUACUUUUGCUGUUCCAGCGCAGUACACCAUUCCUCCCCAAGACUUGACCAAGCUUCACCAGUUGGCUAUGCAGCAUAUCCCCUUUACCUCCCUUGGGCAGAGCAACCCUACCUUCCCUGGUCUGGAUAUGUCAGUUUCACCAAGUUCUCAUGAGCUGAGCAUACCUAAUGAGCUCAUAGGCUGUAUUAUUGGCAGACAAGGCACUAAGAUCAAUGAAAUUCGCCAGAUGUCUGGAGCCCAAAUAAAGAUAGCCAGUGCCACAGAUGGUUCAGCAGUGCGUCAUGUCACCAUUACUGGCUCCCCAGCCAGCAUCUGCCUGGCCCAGUACCUCAUCAGUGCCAGUUUAGAGAUGGCUAAAUUCAGUAUCCAGGCUGCCUCCUCUUCCUCCAGUACUACAGUUGAUCUCGGCCUGAGUUUCUCCCAAUCUGCCUCUCCUGCCUCUGCCUCGGCCAUGCUAGCUGCUCCCUCGUCCAUUAACGUCCACUCACCCCCGGCCAUGCCCUCGAUCCCUACUACCCACUAUGCUCUUCCAGUCUCCAGCCUGCUUGGCAUGAAAACUGUGCCUCUGUGGGCCGUACACACUGCAGCCUCGCCGGGCUUUACACCCUACACCACAAAAAUCCCUGCCUCAGCCACCGUCAAAAAAUCUGAGCAUCAGAGGUUCGCCCCUUACUGACCACAACUGACAGUCUUUCAUUUACAUGCUAUGUUUUCUGAUUUUGGGGCAUCUUCGACAACUUUGAAGAUUUUGUAUAUUUCUGCACAAUGCUAUGCAAAUGAACAGGACACAAAUGAAAUGCAUCUCACAUCAUCCUACAUUUCUAUUGUCAUUUCAUUCAGGAAUGAGUCAAAUAUCAAUCCAUUCAUACCUUUUUGACUACAACUAAUGUGACUAUAAUUACAGAAUGGUGAUUUUGAAACCUCGCUUAUUAAGGUAGUUAAUAACAUGCAAAUAUAGUACAUGCAUACAUAUAGAUUUUAGAUAUAAAAUAAAUACAAAUCCUUUUUUUACUCAGUUUCAGUAGCCACAUUGAGUCUCUUUCACUGAAUACAUCAUCUGUGCUAGUUGCAUAAAAACAGGAAAUUUAUAUUUUAAUUAAUUUAGGGCAAAAAUGCAAAUAUUAGUCCCAUAGUAUUGCACAAAAUACCCUAUAUCAUUCAUUUUUGUGAUUGUAUUAUUUUCUUGAUGUUUCUGUUGUUUCCAGUUAACUGUAACAAUGGGCACAUUUCAUUUUUCACUUAGACUAUAAUGGAGCAGAGGUGAUAUGUAUCACUUCCAGAAAAUGGGUUAUAUUUGUGUUAUAGUUAUUAUAAACUGUAGUAAUUUGCUUUAGUCCUUUAUCCCUAAUGGUGUACAUCUUUCUUAGGCUUUAUGUAGUAAUAGCUGGCCUGGGGCCUAUUUAGUCAUGCUGACAUGCUGCAGCCUCAUUUUCCCUCUGGACUACUCUGAAGCCAUAUGGUAUUCUUGAGUUAUCAGUAUUAUUCAUUAGUCCCGAGUUUGAAUAUAUGCAAAUGAAAAAAAAAAUCUAUACUGAAGAAGAAAAUUCAAAAGUACUAAACUUUAGAAAGUCUAUUUAUUGUUCUAUGUAUUUUCAUAUGCUCUAUUUGAUGGGUAUAUACAUUGUGUUAGGCUAUUUUUAUAUAAUUCUUUAAAAAUAAUUUCUCAUCAGUAAAGGAAUUAACACUUUUCACUUUAUACCUGACAUGCAAGUAAAAGUGUUAAGUGAGCACAAAUUACCAGUGGUGUACCUCAGGUGUCUAUCCUGGGCCCUAUGUUUUUCUUUAUGUAUGUGCUUCCCAUUGGGUACAUUUUUCAUAAAUACAUUUCCUACUAUUUUUAUGUUGAUUAUAAAUAGUUGUAUUUCCCAAUGUCUGUUUGCAAAUUCUCUGACUGUCAUACAAAUAUUAAAUGCUGGCUGUCUAAAACGUUCUCCGUUUAAAUAAUGACAGACAGAAGUUCUUAUAUUUGGUCAUCCAGACUCUGCAAGAACUGUAGCUGACAAAUUAUAUAUAUAUAUAUA